AUGGAGGUGAGCUGGGGAGACAUACGCGGCAUCAGAGAGGACCUCAGCACGGUGAAGGGCAGCCUGCUGCUGCUGGAGACGGUCGUGCUCCUGAGCUCCCUCAGCCUCGCCGUCCUGGUGCUCUACCGUUCCGCGAACCGCCGGUGCACCGACAAGCCCCUCCGGGGCGCAGUGACAAGCACCUACGUGGUGGUCUCCUACGCCGUGGGGAUCAUCCAGGACGGCCCCUUCCACGGCGAGACGUUCGUGCUCUGGGCGGCCGCACUGCUCCUCAUCCAGACGACCGCCUACUCGGCACCCGUGCUCAGCCGCCGCGACGUCGACCAGCGCAAGAAGCUGCUGCUCAUCGUCAACGCCACCGGCCGGAACGCCAGCUACCGGGCCGCCAUCUGGGCGUUCUCGGCGCUCAACAUUCUCAAGACGGUCGCCAGGAUCACCGAGGUGAUCCAGACCAGCCACCCCGACAUGUCCGUCAAGGUGGUCGCCGAGUACAUGGCCGUCGAGGAGGACCUCGCCCCUGACGAUCUGCCCCCUGACCCCACCACCAUGCGAGGGUACAGGUACAUCUUCCAUGGCGAGGGGAUCAUGGCACCGGUCAUCCACGACGGAGGCCACCCGACCCGGGACAACAUGCUCUCCCAGAGCGCCGCCAAGUCGGUCGUCACCAUCGACCAAGUUUACCAGUGGAUCGACCAGCAGCCGUACAGUACUGAUGUCGAGAAGAACAAGGCCAAGUACUUUUGCCUCGCGUUCGCCCUGUUCAAGCUGCUCAAGCGGCGGUUCUACGGAUACGUCCCGGCGGAGGCCGGCUCUGACAAGGCCCGCGACCUCGUGCUGAACGGGCUCAUCCAAGCUCGCGCCACCGACGACCCCGACGCCGCCUACCGGGUCGUCGAGGCGGAGCUCGCCUUCCUCUACGACUUCUACACCAGGAACGUCGUGCUGGUGGGUGCCAAGACAUACGUCUGCAUCGCCGUCGCCGUGGCGGGGCUGACCACGUGGGCGGCCUUCUUCGGCGCGCUUGGCCCCGGCUACCACCGCCUCCACGUCGGCGUGCGCGACCUCGACCGCUCCGUCACGAUGCUCGUCGUCGUGAUCACCGCGGCGAUCGAGAUCUUCCAGGCGGUGGCCCGCUUGGCCUCCAACUGGAGGUACGUCAAGACCGUGUAUCGGUGUGUGUGCGAGGACCGGUCGUGGUCGAAGCGGCGGUGGAGCCACCUCUGGUGCAAGGAGAGCAUCGCGCCGCCGGACACCAGGUACUGGGAGGAGAAGGUCGGCCAGUACCUGCUCCUGAAGCGGUUCCACCACCGCCCGUGGAACGUGCUCUCCUGGUUGACGCUCUACCUGGUGGAGCCGCGUCGGCAAGGCCAGAAAGGGGGCCGGAGGAAGCCGCUGCCGCCCGAGAAGCACCACCUGCUGCCGCGCCUGGCGUGGGCGUGCAGGCUUCCCAAGCUCACCGACCAGAUCCUGGCGUGGCACGUCGUGACCACGAGCUGCGACUGGGACUAUAGAGGCCGGCCGGCCGGCCGCGCCACCGCCAGUGACGAGCACCACCGACUCAUCGCGACGAAGCUCUCCAACUACUGCGCCUACCUGGUGGCCUUUGUCCCGGAGAUGCUGCCGGACCCGAGCUACCACACCGAGCAGAUCUUCGACUCGGCGGUGCAGCAGGCGCGGGACCACUUCAACGGCUGCCGGACGGUGAACAGCAUACUGAACAGGCUUGGGGAGAUAGAGGCGACGGAGCUGCCGCACGUGCAGGAGGGCGGAACGUACGAGAGAGCAGGGAGCGGCACCGUCAUCGAACGGGCGGCGGUGCUCUGGGGCCAGCUCAGGGCGGCCGUGCCCGCCGACGCGCGGCGGUGGGAGGUGCUGGCCGAGUUCUGGAUAGAGUUCCUGCUGUUCCUCGCGCCGUCGGACAACGUGGACAUCCACACUGAGAUGCUCGGCGCGGGCGGCGAGUUCAUGACGCAGCUGUGGGCGCUCCUGUCUCACGCUGGCAUCCUGGAGCGACCGCCGGUCAUGCAGCAUCAGCAAUGA